CUGUGAAUCACCAAGGAGAAACAUAAAUGAUGCCUGUUUUCUCGUCCUAACCUGAGUUUUGUCUCAAUUCCUCGUCUGCAAUCUCAGGAAUCCAAGCUGAUUUAGAAGCAAACAUCAUACACGUUUCUCAAACUAUCUACCGAGAACAAUCACAACGCAACAAUGACGGCCUUGCACCCUAUGGCUCUGACCAUUCGCACUCGUCGGGGAGACUCCGGAGACGAGCAACCAUUCGAUCCAAACGACAACGGCCCACAACAAAGACCAGUCAUCCGCAGAAGACAGAUGGCUCGAAGAGGCCGCGACGAUAGCGAGGAACGCGGUGACCAACCUUUGGACGGCGGAUGCAACUAAGCCCAAACAAGGCCAGUUUCUGUCGAUAAACCUUUCGAGCGAGCUCCAUCAGCCAAUCACGCAUCGAAGGGCUUGCGUCAAAGCCACCGUUUAUCCCUUUCCAGACAGCACGGCCACAAUGCUCAAUUCCCAAUCCGUUCACACACGCGAUAAAGCGACACGUCUUGCAUGGCAGGGAGGCAUAGCAUCGGCGUCGUUCUUUUGAAUCAUGGGCUUUUUUUUUUUUU